AUAUGGAACGUACUAAAAGUUGUCUUUUCCUUCCCUGCAGAGGAAUUUGAAAAAUACUGUGAUGAUAUAGCAAAUACAGCUGCAUGGGGUGGUCAGCUGGAACUAAGGGCUUUGUCGCACAUUUUGCAAACAGCUAUUGAAGUAGUGCAAAUGGAUUCCCCUCCGAUUAUUGUUGGUGAAGAAUAUUCAGGCAAACCAAUAAUACUUGUGUAUAUGAGACAUGCCUAUGGAUUAGGAGAACAUUACAAUUCUGUAAAACUUCUAACAGAUGCUGCUACAGAAAAUGUCAGCUAG